UGCCAAUGGGCCAAUUAGCAAAUUCGUGUAGCGAGAAAUCAUUCGGUGAGCUCGAUCCAUCGCGAGGUGGGUGACGCGUCGCUCUCCUUCGUCUCUCUCUCCUCGCCUCCCCCGCUUCCCCUUCCCUUAUUAGAGAUCUCUCCGCGUCCAUUCAAGAGCUCCAUCCACAGGACCACCACCACCUCCAGAGAGCCACAGCACCAGCAGCAGCAGCCGCCGCCGUCCAAGCCCAGCUCCACCACCGUCUCACCGCGCCCGCUGCUGUCUGCGUGUGCGUGGCUCUACCAAUGGCGGACCGCGUCUACCCCGCGGCCAAGCCGAACCCGCCACCAGGCGCGGCGACGGCGGCCAACGGCGCCGGCACCGGCAACGGCAACGCGGCGGCGUCGUUCCCGGCGCCCAAGUCGCAGAUGUACCAGCGGCCCAUCUACCGUCCCCAAGCUCCCGCGAAGCGCCGGCGCGGUCGUUCCUGCCGGUGCAGCUUCUGCUGCUGCUUCUGCUGGGCGCUGCUAGCCAUCAUCCUCCUCGCCUUCGUGGCCGCCGUCGCCGGCGGCGCCUUCUACCUCCUGUACCGCCCGCAGCGCCCGUCCUUCACCGUCUCGUCCGUCCGCCUCGCCUCGCUCAACCUCACGUCCUCCCCGACGGCGCCCCUGCUCACCGACGCCAUCACGCUGACGGUCACCGCCCGGAACCCGAACAAGAAGAUGGUGUACCUGUACGACGACCUGACGGUGUCCGUGGCGACCGCCGCCAACGCCGUGUCGCUGGGAUCCACCACCGUGCCCGGGUUCACGCACGCGGCGGGGAACACCACCGUGGUGACCGCGACGGUGUCGUCCAACGCGGUGACCGUGGACCCUAGUGGUGCCGGAUCCGACAUCAAGAGGUCCGGCGCGUUCUCAGUGGUGGUGGACGCGGACACCAGCGCCGGCGUCAGGGUGGGCGGGCUCAAGACGAAGAAGAUCGGCAUCCAGGUCCACUGCGAGGGCAUCAAGGUGACGCCUCCCCCGCCGGCGCCGGCGCCGGCGCCGAAGAGGGUGAAGGGGAAGAACAGCACCGUAGCACUCGCGCCGGCGCCGGCGCCGGCUGCGGACGCGGCGACGACGAGGACGGCGGCGACGGUGAGCACGGCGGCGCACUCGUGCAAGGUCAGAGUCCGCGUCAAGAUCUGGAAGUGGACUUUCUAGGUUGGUGGUAUAUUAUUCUCGUUGUGUUAGGUGCUAGCUGCUGGCUGCAGCGCAAAAAAGAUUUUUCAGUAAAGGUUUUCGCUUUUUAUUUAUUGUUAUUAUUAAUCGUUUACAUAUACUACUAUACUGUGAUAAAUUUCAUUUAUCAUUACAUUUAUAUAUUGGAGGGAGCAGGAGUAUAUGUACUAUUGUAGGAACAAGAACAACUGGUCCAUGCAUGCGUCGGUCGCGUCGGUGUAAAUUCUCCCAGGCAUUUUCUUUUUUUU